AUGCCCUCAACCGCUGUCACAGAUCUCGCGGAAGCUGCUUUUUUCCCCGCUAUAACUUCAGACAGCCCCUGUGUUUCCCCGAAUGCCUUUGGACGUCAGGUACUUAGCCCCCCGCCGCCUUCUCUGUCGCGUAAGCGUCUAGCCGAACAGGGCGCUUACCUGUUCGAUACGGAUCCGGCCUUCUUGGAUGCUGUGCACCUGUCGAGCCUGAUCGACCCACUGUCUAAAUGCGCUCUCAACAACCUACCUUCGGCUGCUCCCUCACCUAAACGCCAACGUUUGAGUCCCCAACCUCAGUCUCAGGAUUCACCUACCUCUUCCAAGCACCCCCUACCAUGA